AUGGUGACCAAUGAGGGAAAUCAGAGUUUCGUUGUAACAUUCAUCCUCUUAGGUUUCUCAGAUUAUCCAGAUCUUCAAGUGCCUCUCUUUCUGAUGUUCCUAAUCAUAUAUUCUAUAACUGUGGUAGGAAAUCUAGGAAUGAUUGGUAUCAUCCAAAUCAACUCCAAACUUCACACCCCCAUGUACUUUUUCCUCAGCCAUUUGUCCUUUGUGGAUUUCUGCUAUUCCUCCAUCAUUGCUCCCAAAAUGUUAGUGGAUUUACUCAUAGAGAAUCGAAACAUCUCCUUCUCUGGGUGUUUGGUACAAUAUUUUUUCUUUUGUAUUUUUGUGGUGACUGAGGCCUUCCUGCUGGCAGUUAUGGCUUAUGAUCGCUUUAUGGCCAUUUGCAGUCCUUUGCUGUACACAGUUGCCAUGUCCCAGAAACUCUGUACCCUAUUGGUGGCUGGGUCAUAUACCUGGGGUUUGUUCUGUUCUCUUCUACUCACAUGUUCUGCUAUCAAAUUAUCAUUUUAUGGACCUAAUAUAAUUGAUCACUUUUUCUGUGAGUUUUCCUUGCUGCUUAACCUCUCUUGUUCCGAUACACAUUUGAACCAGAUGCUGCUUUUCAUCUUUGCUACUUUUAAUGUGGUAAGCACACUUUUGAUUAUCUUGGCCUCUUAUGCAUUUAUUUUUGUCACUGUCCUGAAGAUGAAUUCAUCCAGUGGACGACGGAAAGCUUUCUCCACAUGUGCUUCUCACCUAAUGGCUAUCACCAUCUUUCAUGGGACCAUCCUCUUUCUCUAUUGUGUUCCUAAUUUCAAGAACACUCAGCUUACAUUCAAAGUGGCCUCAGUGUUUUAUACAGUAGUAAUCCCUAUGCUUAAUCCUCUGAUCUACAGCUUGAGAAACAAAGAUGUAAAAGAAACACUUGUGAAGUUAAUGGAUAUUAAAUUUUUUCUUCAUGAGCAAAUUUCUCAUUAA